AUGCCGCUGUGUCCUGAGGUUUUGCAGUAUUAUUUGAAAUCAGAAGUUGCUGAAUACCAGAUGCCAGUUCCAAGGCUGACUGGUCCUGGUAGUAUUGAUUACAUGCGAGCUGAUGAUGGGAAUGAGUCACUUGAUGCACUCCUCCCACAAACUAUCGGAAAGGAGCCCCUCAUUUCUUUUUCAAGGUCAGGAGAUAACCCGGUGCAGUUGAUUCAGUUGCUUCAUGCCUUGGACCAACCAGAGCUCCCUGGUUGGCCCUUGCUUACUCCUCUUAAGACUCAGAUGCAGAAGUGUGAGAAGUGUUCACGGGAAUUUUGUUCAAUUGUUAACUACCGGAGGCACAUCAGAGUGCAUCGUCGAUCACUGAAUGUUGACAAGGAGUCUCAUAAAAUAAGGGACGUGUUGGCAGCUUUCUGGGAUAAGCUUUCGCUGGAGGAUGCUAAGGAAGUUGUAUCGUUGGGCGAUGUCAUGCUGAAGGAAAUCCCUGGAUCUUCAGUUGUCAUGGCAUUGUCAUCAUCUCUACGCAAGCCAGCAAUAUGGACUCUCCCACAGGGUUAUGUGAAGGCUGGAUCUACCUUAUUGGACAUCAUUUACGCUAAACCUUCCAGACUUCCAAUAUCCUCCCAGGAAUUAUUGAGCAUUCUUGACAGUACUAGUGAGAGAACUUUCUUGUGUGCGGGGAUGGCUGAAUCCUUGCAAAAGUACGUUUUUGAUGGAGAGGCUGGAAGGAUUGCACUUGAAUUGAAGAAUAUAAUUGCUAGUGCUGGUUUUCUUUUUGAACAGAAACUGGUAAAAGCUUGGCUUGCUGAGAAAGAUGCUGAGGCUUUAAGAUGCCAGAAGUUGCUUGUGGAGGAAGAGGAAGCUGCUCAGAAAAGGCUAGCUGACAUGUUGGAAAGGAAAAAACAGAAGAAGCUCAGGCAGAAGGAACAGAAAGUGAAGGAGCAAGCAAAUGGGGAGAAAUUGGAUUUGAUCAUCUCAACAAAUUCAUCGGAGGUAUCACUUCUGGUAGAACCAAGCAGCCCUCCACCUGCUUCUGAUUCUAAUUCUGAAACUCCUGAUGUACUAAAUGACCUUCCCUCCAGCCCUGAACAAGUUCAGUUUACAAACCACGAAGAAAAUAACAUUGAGGCACAGCUUGAUUUGAGAAGUGACCAUUUGAUUUCUGACAAUGUUCAGAAUGUUGAAUCUGUGUUGGUGCCUGUAGAUCAUCAUCGCUGGCAAAUGCCUAAGACACAAAAGAUCGGAAGAAAUGGCUUUCAUAAUAAUCAGAACUUUCAAGUCCUGAAAGUUGAACCUGCUCAAAAGUAUGUCCCUGCCAAGGACCGAGGUGGUGUAGUUAGCAGCAAUAAAGUAUGGACCAAGAAAUUAAAAGAUGAAAAUGUCAUAGUGAACUCGAAACCCAAAGUGGAGGAGGUAGUAAAACAAAUAGAUGAAACGAAGUGCGAACUCCUUAUUGGCUCCAUAUCUGUUCCAGUGGAAGCCUGCAUUUCAAGGAAAAGGGAAGUGAUUAGCGAAGCUGACGCUGAUAAUGGCCCAGAGGCAAGCAAACACAGAAGGAGCAAUUUUUCGGAAGUACCUGCGGAUUCUAAUAUCCAUCCGUCUGUUGUGAAUCAAGUUGGCUCUCAACUGUGGAGACCUGUUAGUCAGCAUAGUAGAAAAGGUUCUUCACCAGGGAAAAGGGUCGACCAUGAUCUUGAAGAUGGAAUUCAGCUCGAAAAGCUGAAGGCCCGGACUGCACCUGAUGGAAGUUGUCUGCAGACAUCCACUUCAGAUGAUAACAGCAGCCAGAGCAGGGAGUGCUCUUUGUAUGAAGGAUUGAAACUGCCAAGUGGUUUGCCGUUCUCAACUGCUUCUGCAAAAGCUUUUCUGUCUCAAAGAUGGAAGGAGGCUAUUUCGGCAGAGCAUCUGAAGCUAGAGGUUCCGGCUGAACCUGAAGCCCCAGGACUCAAUCAAAAUCGCGAGGAGAACUCUUUGUCAUCUGAUCAGGCAUCAAAUUCUCGGAAGAAUUCUAUUGAUGGUGCAUCCAAUCACCUGCAGCUUGAUGAAGGUCAAUUUUCGUCGACGAACAAGAAAUCUAAAGCUAGAAUUAGGAAAAAACCUGAAAAGGGAGUUAAAAUUAAGUAUAUCCCCAGGCAGAAAGUUGUUGGCUAA